AUGGAAAAAAAGUUCCAUGGCUCUUCCUUUAGGAACUCUUCUCCCAACAACCCUAAGUUCAUCCAAAUCAUCACUUCCUCAGAUGAAUUAUGCCGUCUGAGGAUUCCAGUAGUGUUUGCCGAAAGACAUUGCAAGAACAUGUUAAAUCCCGUGUUUCUUGAGGCUCCCCAUGGAAAAGCAUGGGAGGUUGAAGUGGAAAAUUCUCAAGGCCAAAUUUGGCUAGCCAAAGGAUGGAAUGAUUUCUGUGCCUAUUACUCAAUAAGCAUCAGGAGCUUAUUAGUCUUCACAUAUAACCCACGUUCUCACUCUGUUGUCGCUAUAUAUGAUCAGAGUAAAACAGAAAUUGAAUAUCCAAUAGAUCAAGAGGCUGAAUCAGAUGAACAAGAGCAAGAUAUUCCAGUCCUCCAAGCUAAUGCUAAUGUAAUCGAAGAGGAAGAUAAUCCAAUUAACCUUCUAGCAAAUGCUAAUGUAAACGAGGAAGAUAUUCCAGUUAACCUUCAAGCUAAUGCUAAUGUAAUUGAGCAAGCAUUCCAACUCACAUACUCGUACUUCAAUAUACUGAUUCCAGUUGGUCUGCAUCGUAUUAUUGAUGCAGACGCAGGUAUCGCUUUGCGAAACCGACUAGUUGUACCCACCGGGUCCCACUGUUUCCAGGCAGGUGCACCACGGUUAGUUCCACGGGGCCCCGGAGACGCGGCCGGAUUGUAA